CACACCCAGAGCAAACUUUCCUGAGAGAGAGAAAGGAUUUGAUAUCUGUGGAGUUUAAAGAUCUGAUGGAGGAAGGCACAAAUUCACAGCCAUCAUUUGGACCUUCAUAUGAGGUUUUUCUAAGCUUUCGUGGAGCAGACACCCGUUAUGGAUUCACUGAUUGUCUUUACCAUGGCAUGGUUGGGGCUGGAAUCCUUGUCUUUAGGGAUGAUGAAUCCCUCCAUGUCGGUAAAAAGAUUGGUGGUGAACUUUUACAAGCAAUUGAGAACUCCAAAAUCUACAUUCCCAUAUUCUCUACAAAUUAUGCUGCAAGCAAGUGGUGCCUUCGGGAGCUUGCAUAUAUGUUCAAGUGUGUGUCAAAAUCAAAUGGAAGCAAAGAGAUUCUGCCGAUUUUCUUGAACGUGGAACCUGUUGAUGUCAAGCUCAAAACAGACUUAUAUAGAAAAGCUCUUGCAAAGCACAAGAAAAGGUUUUGCACUGAAGUGGAGUCAUGGAAAAGGGCUCUAAUGGAGGUGAAUGAGAUAAAGGGAUGGAACCUGAAGAAAAAUGAAGGUAACAGAUCGAUCGGCUCCACCAAGCCGCUGUCCAGCCACAGCAGCAGCCCUUAGUCAGUCCCCACCACUUCUUCGUUGCCAGCCCGACACCAAGCAGCCAGAAGCCGCCGCUGAUCCAUCCGUCCCCUACCCCCCCCUCUCUCUCUCUCAUUCACUGUGGCAAGCUGGAUCCAGGUUCCGGACGUGCCCAUCUGGCGUUGCUAGCCUUGGGCAACACCCGGUGGUCACAAGGCAAUGACCCGCGUGAUGUGAAGGAUUGAGGCAAGGCUGAGAUGGUGGGUCAACGCGGAGCGAUGGGCGACGGCACUGGAACGCGAUGGUGGAGGCGUGGGGAGGUGAGGGACGUGAUGGUGACGGACGUUGGGGAGCAGAGAGAGAUCGAGAAAGGAUUGUUUCGGGGUCUAGAAUUUUUUUUUCCGUAAUUUUCUCUUGUGAGUAACUAAGGGAGUAACUUGGCGCUGAACGCGGCUAAGCUACCGGUGAAUUCUGGACCAUAAGUGUUCUUUUCCGGGUAAUUUGUAGUCACCAAGUUCUUGGAAGUGCACCUUGACCAUUGAGAAAUAGAUUCAACAAUAUAUUCUAUUGGAAGGCAGCGAACGAUUGCCCAAAAUUAUUCAGAAACGAAGGUGAAAAAAUUGAGUUUCA